UGUAUCACAUAAACCCAGCCAGAUGAAAUUGGAUUUGGGGGAUUAGGAGUGUGUGCAUUGUGCGUACUGCGUACUCCAUAGCGUAAAUAUCAUUUGAAUUUGAAUUUUUCAAUUUUGCCAUAAUUUCGAUGCAGCAACAGUUACAGUUACAAUAACAAUAUGCAUCAACACAAGGUGCUUCCGAAGAGAAUAAUACUGGUGCGCCACGGCGAGUCGCACGGUAACCUCGACACGGCGGCGUACACCACCACUCCCGACCACAAGAUCGAUCUAACGCCCACCGGAAUCGCUCAAGCGCAGAAUGCCGGGGCAUGCAUCCGUGCCGCCAUUGCCUCCGACUCAUCCUCCCCGAACUGGCGCCUGUACUUCUACGUGUCGCCCUACGCGCGCGCCAGAUCCACGCUCCGGGAGUUAGGUCGCUCGUUCUCGAGGACGCGCGUGAUAGGCGUGAGGGAAGAAUGCCGCAUUCGGGAGCAGGACUUCGGGAACUUCCAGGAGCGUGAGCGCAUGGAUUCUAUCAUGGAGACUCGGUUACGAUACGGCAGAUUCUACUACCGCUUCCCUGAGGGCGAGUCCGCCGCCGAUGUCUUCGAUCGCGUUUCCAGUUUCCUUGAAUCUCUGUGGAGGGACAUUGACAUGAAUAGGCUCAAUCAAGACCUUUCCCAUGAUCUAAACCUGAUAAUUGUCACACAUGGGCUAGCAUCCCGUGUUUUCCUCAUGAGGUGGUUCAAGUGGACGGUUGAACAGUUUGAGCUUCUGAACAAUCCUGCAAACUGUGAGAUCCGCAUCAUGCAGUUGGGUGCUGGUGGAGAAUACAGCUUGGCAGUCCAUCAUACGGAGGAAGAACUGCUUCAAUGGGGGCUCUCUCUUGAAAUGAUAGCUGAUCAGAAAUGGCGAGCCCAGGCAAACAAGGGUGCCUGGAAUGAUCAGGUUCCCGUGUGUCUUAAUGCAUUUUUUGAUAACCUUCCUGAUUCUGAUGAUGACAAUGUAAACCUAAAUGAGAUUAAAAAUUCCCCAAUGAACAAGAAGAAAAUGAAGAGGAAGGAGAUAAGAUGACAAGAUCGUGCUUUACUUAUUGCUGACAGUAACCAGCUCUGUUCAUCACAUUCAUCAUUAUGAACUUUACAUCCAACUGGAAGCUUCAAAUAUACUGAAUCUAAUGAAUUGAUAAUAUUAGAUUAUAGAUAAGGCUUGAAGCAUUCUUAUAUAGUGAAGGGAACAAGGUUGCUUUGCACGCAUGCAUUAUGCAUCCUGUUUUCCAAAUCAUGUUAUGAUAGAAUUAGAACUUAGAAGAGUCUGCAUAGUAUUUGUUCAUAAAAAGAGCGAAAAUUGUACUCGAACCUUUAUACACAAAGUUUAUGAAUAUUGCAGACGCCUAUCCUGUAUCCCCUAGGAAUUUAUUUUCUUUCUCGAUGAUAUCUCUAUCAUAUCUGGAGAAGUUCUUGCUUGCCAUCGCAUGUUAUUGAGUUAAUCACAGCACAACAUUACUGAGGCA